CUCCGCCUUCCCAGGGCUCCGGCAGCGGCGGAGUAAACGGGACCGGCCCGGCCUCGGAGCGCGAGGUGGCGGGUGGGACGCGGACGCCUGAAGGAGUUGUUCUUCCGGCAGCUCCCGCGGAGACGUGAAGAGUUUUUCCAGGUGGAUGUGGGAAGAGAAGUUUAAAGAACUGAAAUGGAGGUCAGAGCUUCAUUACAGAAGGUUAGUGGAUCAUCUGAUUCUGUGGCUACAAUGAACAGUGAAGAAUUUGUUUUGGUUCCUCAAUAUGCAGAUGAUAAUUCUACAAAACAUGAAGAAAAACCUCAACUGAAGAUAGUUUCUAAUGGUGAUGAACAAUUGGAAAAAGCCAUGGAAGAGAUUUUGAGAGAUUCUGAGAAAAGGCAAAGCAGUCUUCUUGUUGACUGUCAAAGUUCCAGUGAGAUUUCAGAUCAUUCGUUUGGAGAUAUUCCAGUCAGCCAAACCAAUAAGCCAUCUCUUCAGUUAAUUUUGGAUCCAUCUAACACAGAAAUUUCUACACCCAGAUCAUCUUCUCCAGGUGGACUACCUGAAGAAGACAGUGUUUUAUUUAAUAAACUGACCUACUUAGGAUGUAUGAAGGUUUCUUCCCCACGUAAUGAAGUGGAGGCUUUACGGGCAAUGGCAACCAUGAAAUCUUCCAGUCAGUACCCCUUUCCUGUUACCCUGUAUGUGCCAAAUGUACCGGAAGGUUCUGUGAGAAUCAUAGACCAAUCCAGCAAUGUGGAGAUAGCAUCUUUUCCAAUCUAUAAGGUGUUAUUCUGUGCACGUGGACAUGAUGGAACAACAGAGAGCGAUUGCUUUGCAUUUACAGAGAGUUCCCAUGGUUCAGAAGAAUUUCAGAUCCAUGUUUUCUCCUGUGAAAUUAAAGAGGCAGUAAGCAGAAUUUUGUAUAGUUUCUCUACAGCGUUCAAACGUUCUUCCAGACAAGUGUCUGAUGUUAAAGACUCAAUUAUUCCUACCCCCGACAGUGAUGUAUUUACCUUCAGUGUCUCCUUGGAGGUAAAAGAAGACGAUGGAAAAGGAAACUUUAGCCCUGUGCCUAAGGAUAGAGAUAAAUUUUAUUUCAAAUUAAAGCAAGGAAUAGAGAAGAAGGUUGUGAUUACAGUGCAGCAACUUUCUAACAAAGAAUUAGCUAUUGAAAGAUGUUUUGGAAUGUUAUUAAGCCCAGGUCGAAACGUGAAGAACAGUGACAUGCAUUUACUGGAUAUGGAAUCCAUGGGAAAGAGCUACGAUGGGAGAGCUUAUGUUAUCACUGGCAUGUGGAACCCCAAUGCACCAAUAUUUCUGGCACUUAAUGAGGAAACCCCAAAAGAUAAACGAGUAUACAUGACUGUGGCCGUGGAUAUGGUAGUUACAGAGGUGGUAGAGCCUGUUCGCUUUCUCCUGGAGACAGUAGUCCGUGUGUACCCUGCAAAUGAGCGAUUUUGGUAUUUCAGCAGAAAGACUUUCACAGAGACUUUCUUCAUGAGAUUGAAACAGUCUGAGGGAAAAGGCCAUACCAAUGCUGGAGAUGCAAUAUAUGAGGUGGUGAGUCUACAGCGAGAGUCUGACAAGGAGGAACCAGUCACUCCUACUAGUGGAGGGGGCCCAAUGUCACCCCAGGAUGAUGAAGCAGAAGAGGAGAGUGAUAAUGAACUCUCAAGUGGAACAGGUGAUGUGUCUAAGGAUUGUCCUGAGAAGAUCCUAUAUUCUUGGGGAGAAUUGCUAGGAAAAUGGCACAAUAACCUUGGUGCACGGCCGAAAGGGCUAUCUACUCUGGUGAAGAGUGGCGUCCCUGAAGCAUUGAGAGCGGAGGUAUGGCAGUUACUGGCGGGCUGUCACGACAGCCAGGCAAUGCUGGAUAAAUACCGAAUUCUUAUCACAAAGGACUCGGCCCAGGAGAGUGUUAUUACUCGAGAUAUUCAUCGUACAUUUCCCGCACAUGAUUACUUUAAAGAUACUGGAGGAGAUGGUCAGGAAUCACUCUAUAAGAUCUGCAAGGCCUACUCUGUGUAUGAUGAAGACAUCGGGUACUGUCAAGGGCAGUCUUUUCUUGCUGCUGUAUUACUGCUGCAUAUGCCAGAGGAACAAGCAUUCUGUGUUUUGGUGAAAAUCAUGUACGACUAUGGUUUGAGAGACCUUUACAAAAACAACUUUGAAGAUCUUCAUUGCAAAUUCUACCAGUUGGAGAGACUAAUGCAGGAGCAGCUACCGGACCUGCAUAGCCAUUUUUGUGAUCUGAACCUGGAAGCUCAUAUGUAUGCAUCCCAGUGGUUUCUCACUCUUUUUACUGCCAAGUUCCCACUCUGCAUGGUGUUCCACAUCAUUGACCUACUGCUUUGUGAGGGUUUGAACAUAAUCUUUCAUGUAGCUUUGGCGCUCCUAAAGACCUCAAAGGAAGACCUUCUGCAGGCUGAUUUUGAAGGUGCUUUAAAGUUCUUUAGAGUUCAGCUUCCAAAGAGAUACAGGGCAGAGGAAAAUGCAAGAAGACUGAUGGAGCAGGCUUGCAAUAUUAAAGUACCAACCAAGAAGCUGAAGAAAUAUGAGAAAGAAUAUCAGACAAUGCGAGAGAGUCAGCUGCAACAGGAAGACCCAAUGGAUAGAUACAAGAGGGAGAACCGAAGAUUACAGGAGGCCAGCAUGAGGCUGGAACAAGAGAAUGACGACCUUGCCCACGAACUAGUAACAAGCAAAAUUGCCCUACGGAAUGACUUGGAUCAGGCAGAAGACAAGGCAGAUGUGUUGAAUAAGGAGCUCCUCUUGACCAAACAGAGGCUGGUGGAGACUGAAGAAGAGAAGAGGAAGCAAGAGGAAGAGACAGCCCAGCUAAAAGAAGUCUUCAGGAAACAGCUAGAGAAGGCAGAAUACGAAAUAAAGAAGACUACAGCUAUUAUUGCUGAGUAUAAACAGAUCUGUUCACAGUUGAGUACCAGGCUGGAGAAACAGCAAGCAGCCAGCAAGGAGGAGCUGGAAGUGGUAAAGGGGAAGAUGAUGGCAUGCAAACACUGCAGUGACAUUUUCAGCAAGGAGGGCGCUUUAAAGCUAGCAGCCGCCAGCAGAGAGGACCAAGGAAUUGAAACGGAUGAUGAGAAGGACUCACUUAAGAAGCAGCUGAGAGAGAUGGAACUGGAACUGGCACAAACCAAGCUGCAGUUGGUGGAGGCCAAGUGUAAAAUUCAGGAACUUGAACAUCAGAGAGGAGCCCUUAUGAAUGAAAUCCAAGCUGCAAAAAACUCUUGGUUUAGCAAAACCCUGAACUCUAUCAAAACGGCCACGGGCACCCAGCCAUUGCAGCCACCACCAGUCACCCAGCCACCCAAGGAGAGCACAUAGUUCCAGCCUUACCCAAGCGCAAGAGCACAAUGAUCAAGCAGUGGAAACCUGGGAGGAUUCUUCCUGGUGUCCCUUUGAAGGAAAGUCAAGGAGGCCAGAAAACAAGCCAGAAUCUUUCAGUAGCUCUCACUCUUUCUUGUAUGACACUUUUCAAAGGGAUGUUAUUUAAACUGACCUGUUCUAUGUUGAAUACCCACUUUCCAGCUUCUUCAUGGAAGGCCAUGUUCAGAUCCAUCAUAGUAUGACACAUUAUUUUGUAUGCCUGAUGUUCAAUUGGAAAUAAGUAAUUCAGAACUAAAUGAUUUUUUAUUUAGCGCUCAGUUAAUUAAUUCAUACUUAUUUUUAUCUUACAUAAAAUGGAGACAUCUUGUUAUUCCAAGGUUGAAGUGAUAGGAAGAUCUUUGUCACAGGAGAAAAACAUUGAAAGCUAAACCUCUUAACUUUUCAGGAUUUAUUCAGAUAAAGCACACUGUGGGGCUAGGUAUGACCACUCUCAGGUUUCCUCCUGAGCCUGAUUCCCAGGGGAGUCAUAAUCCUCUCCAAAGGAAAGAACCAGUCAGUGAUGAUCAUUGGUUUACUUUGGUUUUCUGUUCGGUACAUCUGGAAAUGAAGUGCCAGGGAUAGAUGGGCUAUUCAGAAUACACAUUAGGUAAAUGGAAAUGAGAUUUUAAUAAGCGUAGGUUGGAAUCAUUUGGGCUGUGGUAUUGUAACAGAUCCUGUUAAGAACUCCACGUGGGACUUACAAGUUCCUAAGUAUGCCUAAGUAUAGACAUAGAUGGAACUUCUGGCAAUUUUAAAGUUAAAGGUGGAUAGUACAACUUACACACUUAGGUGGCCUUCACCAGAGACGCCUAAUAAGGCCCUGGAUCAGCCAUUGUGCUGAAUAUAGUGGAACACAGAACCAGGGACAGAGUAUUUCAUUUAAUGUUGAUAUAUACUUGCUAAGGAAACACUAACAUACUGCAACUUUGUUAUAGGACAUAGUACUGAAAUAGGAAAUAGAGAUCAUCCUCACGGCAUCUUAGUUUAAUGUUGGGCAACUUUUUCUGACUUCUGUAGUUCCCUGAAAGUGUGUCUUUCGUACCCAUAGAUAAAGAGAUACAAAUGCAUUUGUAACAUUUUUGAUUGAAUAUAAAAUAUUUAGAGAAAUACUUAUCUCAUGGAAAGGUAACGCUACUGUUUAAAAUUUAGUGGAAAUAUUUUAUCAAUUAUAUUUAACAUGCCUAUAAAAAUAGUCCUUGCAGGAAUUUAUUUGAUAAGAGUGAAACUAUUUUUAUGUUGUAAGCUAUUUUGGAGGCCUCUGACCCUUUCACAUCAACCAAACCACUAUUAGGUAUGUACAAUAACAUUUGUUGAUAUUCAUCAUUGCCCUCAUCGUUGAACAUAUUAUUUGCAAAGGAUCUUAAACUCUAUAGUGCCAGAAUGAUUCUCAUCUGUGCCAUAUGUUGCAAUUAAAAGUAACACACUCUUAGAAGUAAGAAUCAAAUAAGAGCAUCUCCACCCAAGGAAGAUGCACCAAGAUGCUCCCAGUGAGUCUUUUCCUCUAAAAUGGUCUUUUAUGUUCUAAAAAGUGAAAUCCCCUUUAUCUGCAUUUAUAUCAUCUACAGCCCAUAAAAGUGAUGGGAUUGUUAUCUGUUAUACUCAUCAGAUAAUACUCUUCUUACAUGAAUCUUUUGUUGUUCUGACGUCUUUCAUUACAAAAUUUAUUUUCUUCUUACCAAAAAGGAACAUAACCCAGCAUUCCAAGUGUCUAUGUUGACUUUAAUAUUCUCUACAUGGUGGUCUAGAUAAGCUAACUUUUUUUUUUUUUGUAAAAUAUAAUAGCUAGAAAACACUAUCUCGGCACUUGUUUUUGUAAAUCCUUUAGUAUAGGCUGUGAGCUUUAUUGGUACUUUACGCUAUAAUCCCAAGAAGCCCUGUGCAGUUGCCUUAUCAAAUUGCCAGCUAAAUUAAAGAUGUUCUUUUGUGUUGUGAAUUUCAUAGUUCUGUACAGAGCUUGUUUCAACUUAGAAGAAUAAGUACAUUCCACAGAAUGCCUAAAGCAUAAUUUUCUUUAAAGAACAGUAGGUGAGGGAGAAACAUAAUGGCUCUAGGUCAAUCCCUGACCUGGAGACCUUGUUCAACUCCACAGUCCCUUUCCUUUUAAGAGAGGAAUCCUCCCUGGCCAGGCACAGUGGCCCAUGUCCAUAAUCCCAGCACUUUUGGGAGGCUGAGGUGGGCAGAUCACUUCAGAUCAGGUGUUCAAGACUAGCUGGCCAACAUGGUGAAACCCUGUCUCUACUAAAAAUACAAAAAUUGCCAGGUGUGGUGGCAGGUACCGGUAAUCCCAACUACUCAGGAGGCUGAGGCAGAAGAAUCGCUCAAAUCGAGGAGGCAGAGGUUGCAAUGUGCCAAGAACGCGUCAUUGCACUCCAGCCCGGGCAACAAGAGCAAAACUGUCUCAAAAAAGAAAAAUCAACAGGUGUAUACAUGUCAAGUUUGGUAAGUCCAUCUUUUGAGUUUUCUUGUAGCUCUUACAAAAGAUUAUGAGGGCAACACAUAGUUUUUUUUUUAAUGCACCAGCCCCAUAUCAUACUUGGGUAUCCCUGUUGGUACCAUAAGCCUAAACUCUCCCUCACUGUAAUGCCUUUGAGUUAGCAGCAAUAGUUAAGACUAGAAACAAAGAAAAUUCAGAAUUUGAUAUGUGAUCUGAUCAUACAAUGUUAUAAUAGCAAUAUUCCAAACAAAACGUCCUUCACUGUCUAUUGUUUGAAAACUCAUGCAUUCCAGCAUGAAGUAACUGCUAGUUUUAAUUUCACUUAUUUUGAGAUAUAUUUUGAGACUUGCAUCUCUUGUCUUGAAUUUCAUUUAGAAGAGAUUAACCAGCCAAAUAUCCAGGAAGGUUUCAAAAGAUUCCAGUGUCUUUCCUAGGAUGCACUCUGUAAAAAAAAUUCCUCUGGAAAUCUAGUAUUCGUAAUAUCUGAGAACUGAUCAUUUCUAUUUUCAUGAAAUUCUGU